AUGUUGCCAGCGAACCUAUCCUUUGCAUUGCAAGAGUCACGGAGGCCGAUCCUGUGCGCAUGCAUCGGCUGGUUGGUGCUGCUUUUGGUGAUCUCCAUCGGCCUUGCAAGCCUGCCGUUCAGGAUAGAGACGAACUUUGAGUCUUUCCUGGUCAGCGAUGUGCAAUCCUCGCUGCAAUUGGCUUCAUUCAAUGCUGCUACGAGCUCAAGGAGCACAGGUCUUCUUCGCCGGCUGCAAGCUUCCAAUGCGAAAGCCUACAGCACCAAGGAUCUCUACGUCGCAUACAAUCUAGUUUCACCCGCAGGCAGCCAGGGCAUCCUGUCCACCAAGUUCCUGAGCCAAAUGUCACGGCUGGAACAGUCGUUGCGAGAAUAUCCCGGCUUUGAAGCCUUCUGCAAUCAAACCGAUGCAGAGUACCACGGGCUUUGCAAUCCUGGCUUGUCCUUUUCUAGCUAUGCUUUGCCGACUUUAGAUAUCACGCAAGGGAGCAUCGUUCCUGAUUCCAUGAUGCUUGAUGGAUUGGGCUUUGACCCAGUGCCGAUUCGGACAGCAUUCCUGGUAGCAAAGGAGCACGGAUUGGCUUCGCUGUUUUUGCCAACAGGCUAUGACCCGGAUGUAGAUGAAGGCGCAGCAAGUUUGAGGACUCUCUUCCGGUUCAAAUUUGUGGUUGGUAGUGCCAGCGACAAGGUGGAGGACCGAGUGGCUGCCGCAAGGGCAGUUGAUGCCAAGUGGGCGGAUUUCUUUGAAGAGAUCGUCGUGCCAGCACUGACCUCUCCCGACCUGCUGACAAGUACGGACAGCCUGAAGGUGUGGUUUGAUGGAACAGGUUUUAGAGAUUACGAGGUGAGCAUGGCAGUGAUGAAAGACAUUCCGUUGGCGGUGGGCUCCGCGGUGUUCAUUCUGUGCUACAUGCUGUUGCACACCCGCAGCGUUAUGCUUGCCAUUGUGGGCCCUUUGCUGGCAAUGCUUUCCGUGCCAAUCACAUUUAUUGUCUGCGGAGCCAUCUUUGGGAAUACCACAGUCAACUUUGCCAACUUUCUGGCGGUAUUUCUCGCCAUAGGCUUUGGGGCAGAUGUGAUGUUUGUAUACUAUGAUGCCUGGGCGCAAUCUGCGGACAGAGCGGAAAAGAUAUCGAACCGCUUGGCAUGGACAUACAGGCGGGCUGUGAAGGCAUCCCUGGCAACCACUUCCACAACGGCACUGUCUUUUCUGUGCAACAUGGCCUCCGUCAUUCGAGCUUUGCGGCAGUUUGGCUUCUUUAUGGGACUGUGUGUUCUGGUCACAUGGCUUUGCAUAACCUUCAUCUACGUCCCGACAAUUGUCAUCGACCACGUUUGGUGCAGACGUAUCCGCUUGUCUGGCAAGGACAACUCUGGCAACCGAAAGUCUGCUUGCUUUGGGAUGUGGGCUCACUGCCUUUACAAGUUGCGCGUCCCUGUCCUGUGUCUCACAGUUGUUGGCGUGAUCGUGUGCAUCAUCUUCACAGCGACCUCGGUUGUGGUGGGGACCAGUAUGCCGGGAAUCUUCCCAGAAAAUCACAACCAGAACACUGGAGUUCAGGUCUUGAGUGAGUUUGAGGUAGUGUCUCAAGCAUUUCCAACCACGCAGACUGAGCCUCCAAGACAAGCACAGGUUUGCAAGGAAGACAACUUUGAGGAUAUGUCUGGGUGCGUCAUGCAAUGGUGCGAGGCAAGCUUCUCCGACUACCGACCUCCCUGGGCAGGGAACGGGACGUGUGCGUGUCGGCGGCGCUUGCUUACUGGCUGCCCCUCCACCUCAGGGACAGCCCCAGUGAACAUCCGUUUUGUGGGUCCAAGCACCUUGUCCGACCUUCAGCUGACAGUGAACGUCGCUGAUCAUCUGCUUUUGGGCCAAGGAUCUGCAAAUGUUGGCUUGCCCGCAGGCGCUCGUGAGACCAUGCUUCAGGCACAAAGGCCGCUGCCACAACUUUUGCAGCAGGUCUGGGAAACUGGAGACACCUCUUUGAGCGAUAUGAUGCAGGUCUCAGUUGAUCUAAGCCGGGAUGAUCCGGCGGCAUCCUGCGGAUGGAAUGAGAUCUGCUUUUGUACGGGCGAGUUGCAGUGCAAGCUGGCAAGUGAAUGGGAGACCUCCGUCAAUUUAGAUUUGCCCUACACAAGGCAGAUGCAGGAAGUCGGUGAUGCUACGGGCCGCUCGUUGCAGCUGGUUGCCAGUGAUGUGGCCAUUUCCAAGCGCAUGAAGGUCCGUGCCAUUUUUGGCAUCGUACCCGUGAUAACCGUGAAAUUGCUGGGAGAACGGGCACCAGAAGAUACAUGGACCUUCAACCCUAUCUUUGACCUGUCCGACCCAUGGGCACAGAGGGCACUGUAUUUCUUCUGCAAGGAUGUCCCGGAGGAGCUUCAAAUCACCAGGAAGUGGUGCUGGUUUGAAGACUUCCGUUUGUUUGCCCGCCAGCAGCAAGGGCGAUUUCCGGUCAAAGCCGUUGAUUGGCCGGUCAUCUCAAGAUUAUUUGUGGAUACUUCACCCUCAGCAACUCGCGGCACUCGGUACAUUUGGCUGGAAGAGGAAUCAAUCAAAGGAAUGUACUACUCCUUUGAACUUGGCAUGUCCAGACAAGAUCCUCAUGAUGACGUACUGGCUUUGAAAGAGCAAUGGGACAAGUACACAGCACUUUGGAACGCGAAGAGCUCGAGUACGGCACGUGGAGCCUUUCAUGUUUCUGAUCAGUGGGUCAAUGUGGAGUCAUCGUCAAGGCUCAUUGCUAGCACAGCAACAAGUCUGAUAGUGCUUUGUGUCUUGGCGCUGGGAUGCAUGCUGAUUUUCACACACAGCUGUGUCCUUUCCGUGGUGGUGGUUGUAUCAACCAUUAUUGUGAUCAUCAUCCUGUGCUUCUUCAUCACGGCGGUCAUGGGUUGGGAGGUUGGCCUCAUUGAGGUAAUCGCCUUCAUUUACUUCAUUGGCUACGCUGUGGACUACACCCUGCACAUGGUCUACAAGUACGGCAGCAGGGAAGCGCUGGCAGAGGAAGACCAGGUUUGGCUAGGACCGGAUCGAGAGUACGCAUCUCAGCGCCUGCAGCGCAUGAGCUUCGCGCUGAAGACCAUGGGCAGUGCGACGAUGGGCAGUGCGAUCACCACGGCAGGAUCCUCGUUGUUCCUGGUCUUCUGCACGCUGACAAUCUUUGCCAAGCUGGGAGCGAUGUGCUUCACCGUGACGAUCUCUUCAAUCAUAUUCGCACUGUGCCCGUUGGGCUCAUAUUUGAUCACAUUUGGUCCGGUUCGACCGGGUCACUGUGGACGAUGCUCUUUCAAUCCACAGCGCUUUGCUAUCGGCCACAAGUCCCAGCUUGCAGACCGCCAAGAAUAG